GCCUCCCGGUGUCACGCGACGGUCUACACGUCCCGCCCUUCCCUCUCUACCUCCCGGCCCGCCUGGCCAGUGAUGAGAUAUUCGGACAGGUGGGGAAGUGGCCACGGCGAUCGAAAUCACCUCCAGGACCGCGACCAUGGCCGAGUAUCCCACCCAGAAUAAAGCCAAGCUCAUCUCUGAGACCCGACGGAGAUUCGAAACUGAUUAUGUGACAGAGAAGUCAGAUAAAUAUGAUCCACGUGAUGUUGAAAGGCUACAACAAGAUGAUAACUGGGUUGAAAAUUACUUAACUUGGAGGCAUAAUAAUGUCGAUGAAACACUGAAGAUGCUUGAUGAGAGUUUUCAGUGGAGGAAAGAAAUGUCUGUCAACGACCUCACUGAAUCCUCCAUUCCCAGAUGGUUAUUGGAAAUAGGUGGUAUUUAUCUGCACGGUUAUGACAAAGAAGGCAACAAGUUGUUCUGGAUCAGGGUGAAGUAUCACAUAAAAGACCAUAAAACCACGUUGGACAAAAAGAAGCUUAUCGCAUUCUGGUUGGAACGUUAUGCUAAGAGAGAAAAUGGGAAGCCUGUGACAGUGAUGUUUGACCUGUCAGAGACUGGCAUAAAUAGCAUAGACAUGGACUUUGUGCGUUUUAUCAUCAACUGCUUUAAGGUUUAUUACCCUAAAUACCUCUCAAAAAUGGUGAUCUUUGAUAUGCCUUGGAUAAUGAACGCUGCUUUCAAAAUUGUGAAAUCCUGGCUUGGCCCAGAAGCAGUAAGCUUGUUGAAGUUUACAAGUAAAAAUGAAGUCCAAGAGUACGUCAGUGUGGAGUACCUGCCCCCCCACAUGGGUGGGACUGACCCUUUCAAGUACAGCUACCCACCACUAGUAGAUGAUGACUUCCAGACACCGCUGUGUGAAAAUGGGCCUAUUGCCAGUGAAGAUGAAGCUUCAAGUAAAGAAGAUCUAGAAAGUGAUGGCAAAGAAACUUUGGAAACGAUUUCCAGUGAAGAACAAACGGCUCUUCUAAAAAAGAUUAACGUAACCGAACAUACUUCCAAAGCAGAGGAAAAUGAAAAGGUUGAUUCCAAAAUGAAAGCUUUCAAAAAACCAUUGAGUGUGUUUAAAGGGCCCUUACUACACAUCAGCCCAGCAGAAGAACUAUAUUUUGGAAGUACAGAAUCUGGAGAGAAGAAGACUUUAAUAGUGUUGACGAAUGUAACUAAAAACACUGUGGCGUUUAAGGUGAGAACAACUGCCCCAGAAAAGUACAGAGUCAAGCCAAGCAAUAGCAGUUGUGACCCUGGAGCCUCAGUUGAUAUAGUUGUGUCUCCCCAUGGAGGUUUAACAGUCUCUGCGCAGGACCGUUUUCUGAUAAUGGCUGCAGAAAUGGAACAGUCAUCUGGCACGGGCCCAGCAGAAUUGACUCAGUUCUGGAAAGAAGUUCCCAGAAACAAAGUGAUGGAGCAUAGGUUAAGAUGUCAUAUUGUUGAGAGCAGUAAACCAACCACCCUGACCUUAAAAGACAGUGCUUUUAACAUGUCAGAUAAAACCAGUGAAGAUCUUUAUCUACAACUCAAUCAUUUACUAGAAAGCAAUAGGAAGCUUGAAGACCAAGUUCAGCGUUGUAUCUGGUUCCAGCAGCUGCUGCUUUCCUUAACAAUGCUCUUGCUUGCUUUUGUCAUCUCUCUCUUCUAUUUGUUGUACACUUAAAGAACUGGAGUUCAGCAAGAAACGUGGCUCUUUCACUCAUUAGUUGGAAAAAGACCCAGAACUUCAUGCCACUAAAAGUUUUGCACGUCUGUGCUUCCUGAAAGGAAACAUGCAACCUUUAGAGGGGAACAAAUAUGCGUCCCGAAAAUAAACUCUGUUAGAAUAAGGAAACACUGGAGAGAUUGAUUCUAAGAGACCAUAGUUAAUCAAGUCAAGGCAUAGCCACUGUGUAAAUUAAUACUUUAGAUAUAAUUUAUUUUUUCCUUUUGAUUUGAAUACUUCAAAAGUUUCAGUUUCCUUAUAUGUGUACAUUAGCUGGACUGAAAAGUAGAAAUAACAAGCUUUGUCGCAGCCAAAAAAUGUAAUCUGCUUUUUUUUUUUUUUAAUGACAAAAUCAUUAUAGCUGAGCCAACUUAUUAGCUUUUCUAUACUAUGUAUAUAGAAUAUGUAUAUUGGGAAAAAACCAUACUUAAUACAGAGUAAUUUCUGUAAACAUGACUUUGUAAUUUUGAGAAGUCCUUCCAGAUGCUAGUCAAUAUUCUUUGGGUAUGUAAAACUAUUUAACGCCAAACCACCUUUUAGCCUUUGUUCUUAUCUGUCUUCCUUAACAGUCUGCCUUUUAUUAAUCUCAGACUUUUUUAUGAACACUCACAUUUAGAUAGAAUUGGGGAAACUAAGUUUGCUUGGGUUUCCUUGAAUUCUGUCAGUGACAUCGAGAAGAAAACAACUCUUGGUCCUCCCUUCCGGUCUUUUUUAUGCAGCUGCACAUCGUGCACUGGGGCCGGACACUGACCCCCGUGCUCCAUUCCUUAUAAAGGUCUAAUCCUCCUUUGUACCAUCUCCACCCUCUUUGCUAAAUGAAAGGAGUUAAAAUUUCUUUCUUUGGAACCUUGAUUUUUGAGAUGCAUAGCAGUGGGAUUCAUUCACAUUUCAGUUCCACGUGAAAAUCAGCCACAAGAAGGAAACGUGACAAAACACUGGAGUAUCUAUAAACGUGGGGGGAAAAUCAAAACUCGAGUGUCGAUUCUCCAUUUAGGAGUGAAAACUAGAAUUCCUGAUCCACUGGUACAAACCUUCAGAUCAGGGCUCGUGCUGGGCACUCCGCCUUGGUCACAGCAGUCCCCAGGGUGGUCCCUCAAUUCCUCAAGUGAUACAACUUGCAGGGGCAGAGGCCGAUGAAAUUCGUUUGUUUUCUCACACAGCCAGCUUCAGUCCGUGUUGGUUCACAUGUAACUCUACUUCAUCUGAAAGAAAACACAGUCUGCCUGUUAAAUAAAUUUUGAGUUUUGAUUGAGCCACGUUUGGAGAAUUUUUUAUUCUGAAGUGUAGUAUUGACGGCUUUCAUCUUGAGAAGCUGAGUCCAAAAUCCAGUUGGAGAGAGUGAUUUCAUAGAGUCCCUUCAAAAUUGGCCUAGCCAUAAAACCUUAAAAGGACACUGGUCUGAUACUUUGUCUUAAUUUGGGUUUUUCUGUUGCAGUUUGCCAACUCCAGCCGUGAAAGUGACUUCAGUACACCCUAAGUACUACCCAUAGUAUCUCCCUGUGUGCACAGCGGUUCCCUUUAUCUGUUACAUUCCCGGCUCUCACAUAACCUAAUCCCCAAGUAUUUGUCUGUGUUUUUUUGUUCCUCAGCCAAUGAAUGAGGAAACCGUUGGUCCGAAUUGGAAGUGUAUUGUCCUAACAGUGUCCCUUUAAUGUUUCCUAUGAAAAUGACAUUGACUCACUAAAAUGUUCUUCGCUGAUGUCUGGCCAGUUGAAGUUAAAAACCUAUCUUGUUAAUGUUUGUGUGUCUACUAAGUGUGACUAUGCAAGAUUAUUGAAAAUUAACGAUAAAAUCAAAGGCAUCUGAACUUUUGUUCUUGUCUUAACUAAUCACUUCUUUACAUGUGAUUUUAUUCUGUCUUCAUUUGAUUUUAUUUAAUCACAUUUUGUAUGAUUAUUGCUCUGAGCACUCAGAUAAUAAUUUUACUUUUUAUCUUGUCAUUACCUGUUCAUGACCAAAUUACCAAGGAUCAACACGGAGAUCGAGAUUUUCGCUUGAGAAUGGAAAUUAAUAGAUUUUCCAUGAAAACAUUAAUCAAAUAUUAUUAGCUUGAUCGGAAAGUAGCCUAGAAAUGCAAUUGCGGUUAAACCUAGCCUCAAAUUUCCUAACAAUACCAUAACUGUUUUUAUAUCUUGCCACUAAUUUUGACUGGAUUUAAUAGCACUUUAUUGUACAAUUGCAAAAAAAAAAAAAAAUAUUCCUAGAAUUGUUGCCAGUGUAA